GAAGCUCCACUGGUGACCUAUAGUGGGGCAAUAUCACAAUUAAAAAGAAAACAAAUACACAGUUGAGCUUCAUAGAAAAUGCGGCAUUAAAGUGCGUUAACUUGAAAUCCAACAUUCUGCUGCCAACAACUUCUGAAAGGCUCUGCCUCCACCUGCCGAUGGUUAAACAGAAAUAUGGAGCGAAGAACCCGUCCGUGCUUUCCAGUGACGCGCACAACGUUCUGUCGCGCUCCUCCACCACACCAUGGAACGUCUCGAGCGCUGCCCAACCUGCCUCACCCACAGGUAUGCACCUCGCGCUCAACUCUGAAGACGUUUGUCAACAAACGCAGCUAUUUGGUGCCUUUGUUUCUUUUUUCCAGGCGAAGGGAGAUAUUUUCAAACAAAAUAUCGGCCAAGAGUAGUGACUGAACAGUAGUGGCUGAGAAGUUCACAUUGAAGAGGAACUGAUCUAAAGCUUGACCAUGGCCACAAUUGGGGACUUCGACCCGCUCAACUCCACCGUACCUGCGACGAAAAUUGAACUUACUGUCUCGUGCAGGAACCUGCUGGACAUGGACACCUUCUCCAAAUCAGACCCUGUUGUGGUUUUGUACGUUCAAGGCAUCGGGACAAAGGAGUGGAGAGAGUUUGGCCGAACAGAAGUGAUCGAUAACACCCUGAACCCGGACUUUGUUCGGAAGUUUGUCCUGGAUUUCUUCUUCGAGGAGAAGCAGAAUCUUCGCUUUGAUGUGUACAAUGUGGACACCAGAAGUUCAAACAUUUCAAAACAUAAGGACUUCCUGGGCCAGAUGUUCUGCACUCUGGGGGAGAUCAUUGGGUCCACAGGCAGUCGGCUGGAGAGAACCCUGUCUGGGAUCCCAGGGAAGAAGUGUGGGAACAUCAUAUUCACUGCCGAGGAACUGAGUAACUGCAGGGACAUUGCCACUAUGCAGUUGUGUGCCAACAAGCUGGACAAAAAAGACUUCUUCGGCAAGUCAGAUCCCUUCCUAGUCUUCUACCGCAGCAAUGAAGACGGAACGUUCACCAUCUGCCAUAAGACAGAGGUAAUAAAGAAUACUCUGAACCCUGUUUGGCAGCCCUUCACCAUCCCUGUACGAGCACUCUGUAACGGAGACUAUGAUAGGACGGUCAAGGUGGAUGUGUAUGAUUGGGACCGAAAUGGAAGUCAUGACUUCAUUGGCGAGUUCACCACCAGCUACAGAGAAUUCUCCAGAGGCCAGAGCCAGUUCAACGUCUAUGAGGUUCUAAACCAUAAAAAGAAAGGCAAGAAGAAGAAAUACGUCAGUUCAGGGACAGUGACACUGCUGUCCUUCAAAGUGGAGUCAGAAUACACGUUUGUGGACUUCAUCCGGGGAGGGACGCAACUCAACUUCACAGUGGCCAUCGAUUUCACAGCGUCUAAUGGUAACCCAUCCCAGCCCACCUCUCUGCACUACAUGAGUCCCUACCAGAUGAAUGCCUACGCCAUGGCCCUGAAGGCUGUGGGGGAGAUCAUCCAGGACUACGACAGUGACAAGAUGUUCCCCGCCUACGGCUUCGGAGCCAAGCUGCCACCGGACGGCAAGAUCUCCCAUGUCUUCCCACUGAACUCCAACAGUGAGAACCCUAACUGUGUGGGGAUCGAGGGAGUGUUGGAGGCGUACUUCCAGAGUCUCCGCACCGUUCAGCUCUAUGGACCCACCAACUUCGCUCCUGUCAUCAACCAGGUGGCACGGUGUGCUGAGGAUGUGACUGACGGAUCCCAGUACUUUGUGCUGUUGAUGAUCACAGACGGAGUCAUCUCAGACAUGGUGCAGACCAAGGAGGCUGUGGUCAAUGCUGCCGCUCUGCCCAUGUCUAUCAUCAUAGUGGGAGUAGGCCCUGCUGAGUUUGACGCGAUGGAGGAACUGGACGGUGAUGAGGUCAGAGUGUCCUCUAAGGGGCGCAUUGCUGAGCGAGAUAUAGUCCAGUUUGUGCCGUUCCGGGACUAUAUUGACCGCCAGGGCAACCAGGUGCUGAGCAUGGCACGGCUGGCCAAGGACGUGUUGGCAGAGAUCCCCGAGCAGCUGCUGGGUUUCAUGAAAACGAGAGACAUCGGGCCCCAGCCUGCCCUGCCCACCUCCACCACCACUACCGCCCCUCUAGGACUCAACAACCUGUGCAUCUGAAUGUGGGGUUUGGGUGCGGUGGUGUCAGAGGUCGGGGGGUCUUAGGUCUAGGGCCAUAGGGCCAUGGUUUGGACCAUUUUCAGUUGUAGCGAAUACCUGAAGAGACACACUGAAGCAGUUGGUGUGCACAUGAACACACACACACACACACACACACACACACACACACACACACACACACACACACACACACACACACACACACACACAUACACACAGGCAGUUGCUGUCCUAGUCAGAGGGGUAGACUGCAAUAGCACUGAAAGCUUUUUCACUACCGCUCCUUCCAUGUUGAAGUCAGCUAUUUUCCUGAUUCUUCUUUUAUCUCACUGCCGUAGCGAUGUCCUGCCUGGUGGACACAGCCCCCCUGCUGUGAUGUAACGACUCUACAGCUCAACGGGGGUCAAAUGCAGCGUGACCUUUGGGUCGAGAACUGUUGGAACUGCCUCCGCGGUCGCCAGCCCCUUACCUAACCCUUAGCUUAUUUCUUAUUUAAGGGUUCAGGGAUCGGUCGCAGUUAAACGUCAGAAAAAGCAAGAGUUUGUGGACUUUUUGACGGACAUAAAGAGAGAUCGAUGUUCACCUUUUUUCCUAUGCCUCUCUAGUUCUGCAUGCAAUGAGUGUUUCAUCCCAGCAUCUUCUUGUGGUCCGAAACAAAAACAGCAACAAACUGGCCGCUUGGGUUGCCAUGGUAGUAUUCUACUUUGACCCCUCUCUGGCUAAUGUAUAUUUUUCAUGUGUAUAAUGACACUAUAAACAUUGCAGAAAGUCAGUUAAUAUCCAAAACAAGUGAAAAACACAGUAUCUUCAUGUUUGGUGUCUACUCAGGGCAUUUCUGGAGGCUUUUGGUUGAGUUUCUCAAAAUGAGGGAGACCCAAACAAUAUGGCAUCUGGACAGUUGUGGUCUCAGCCUCAGCAACUGGAGUCAUUGUGUUUAUAUAUCUUUACAACAUUUUUGCAAGGACUGGUUCAUCUUGUCCAGGGGUUGAUUGAAUAGUGAAUAUAUUGUGCUAUGCCAGUCCACACUAUAUGUUUAUAGGUAGUUGAAUGUUACUUCUUGAAAAAAUAUAUUCCUGAUAUAUUCCACGUGUUGAAAUGUAUAUGUUAAUUAGUAUGGCCUAUGGAUGGCUAUAUUUCAGAUCAGAAAAUACAUUUAGAGACAGAAUGUGUAAAUAUUGAAAUAACUUUGGUCACAAGGGCCUGCUAGCUGCCAAUUGCGUACUUCUGUUCAGAGAAAAGCCUUCAUCUUCAAAAUGAAGGGUCGUAAAUUGAAAUUGGCUUGAGAAGGAGCAUAGCUUGAAAUACUCCCACCUCCGUUUCUUUUCAUCCACCAUACAACUGGUCGUCUGAUGUCCCUGCACAGGUUAUUUGUGGCCCAAACAUCGGUCUGAAUAUACCUGGCUGUGACCCCACUCUCCAAGGGUGUCUCAGGGGGAGUUGGGAUAUGCAAAAAGCACAUUUCCAAUUCACACAUACAGGUCUAAGUCACAUGUAUAAAAUAGGACAAUAAUAAGCACCCACCAAAUUAUUAUUAUUUUAUUAGUACAGUACCGAGUCAGCUAUUUUAAAACUUGUCCUUGAUUUCCUCCUUCCAAAUUAAAACUUUUCCUAGCUUUUGCCCGGUGAUUAAAAAAUGAAUCAUUUAUGAAGUGGUCGGUCAAUGGUGGGAAAACCUGCUCCAUCUUUCAAAAUCUGUGGAGCGUGCUCCUGUUUAGUUUCAGAAAGACUCGGCAUGCGCUCGCUGAACAAAAGUGCUUAGAUGUAGCAAAGAACGCAUCAACGAUUCACGGUCACCAAGUCCAUCCAUUUUUUUCUGGAAAGAGGAGAGAAAGAGAAGGGGCCUCAGCAUAAGUUCUUCUCAGAAGUGUGGUCCCUCGCCACAGCCUGUUUUGAGGGAGUUGGAAAUGGCUGCUUUACAUAGCAAAUGUAUGCAUGAUUUAUUUCCGCCACAGCUCUGGUUUCUGAGAUAUGGGUCUAUAUUUUCAUUGUUGUUUUGGCUGGGCUCAUAGGCUCUACACUAGUUUGUUUACAAUGCAUGUAAUGCAUUCUUUUUUGUACUAGUCUUUUUAUUAUGCCUUUGUUCUUUGAGAAAUGCCUGGCUAGAAGGGAUCAUUCAAACAAAGUUUUUAUUUUGCAUUCAAGCAUCUAUUGUGAUUUGUUUGAUUUCUCUCUCUCUUUUUCUUUCUCUGUUUCUCUUUCUCACUCUCACUCUUUCUCUCUCUCUCUCUCUUUCU